CACAAUCCUUUGUCUUUGUCUCACUUUCAAUUCUCUGGGUCUUUCUCUCUUUUUCUCAAGAAGUACAUACAAACUGGAUUUUCCAAAUUCUUACCACAUUACCAAAAUUUCCCCCAAUAUCAUCAAAAGCCUUAACCUUUUUGAGUUCUCGAACAAUACCCAGUUCACAAAUUUGCCAAAUUGUUUCACCUUUCUUCUGAAUUAUUCGAAUCCAUUACUUAAUAUUGGUUAGUUACUAUUCCUAAUUUGAUAAACGUUGUUGAUGCUGAAGAAUAUGACAUCUCCAUCAGAGAUGAGGGUUUUAUAUGACAAUCAGGAUUGGAGUUCUUGAUUUUGGGUACGCUGCUCGCAACAACACAUCUCAUUAUGGAUUCUGAAUCUGAGGUGUUGUUAUCCUAUUUUUCAUGUUGUGAAUUGACUUCUUGAGUGUGCUUGUGGGGAAAGUGAGUGAGAAUUUUUUAGCACUGUCGAUGGAGGAUUCCUUGGGUGCUCCUGAUAAUAAUAGAAAGGGGCUCAAGCGUAUUGUGGUUUGUGGAAAAACUGUACCCUUUAAAUGUUUGGUUGCGUCCAUCCCAAAGAAUUCAAUGAAAGCUUUGCAACGUAUCGUUAAUGUGGAAAAAAAUAUAUUGGGCAAGGCCACUUUCACUGAAGCUGGACUUUUCCUCCUGAAAGUUGCAGUUCUGGAGGCAGUGAGGAGGUUUUCUCAGGCUCACUGUCCGUUCUUAUGGCGCAGUCUUCAGGCUUUGCAAUUUCUUUGUUUACCUCCACUUAAAUGGAUUCAGAAGUGGGGAUUAUUUAGGGGUUUGGUUAAGUCCAUGCAGGCUUUAUCGAGACCACUUUUACUUCUCUCAGUUGCGACACCCUUCUCUAAUCAAUCAGACAAUGUUGAAGAAGAUCCAGGAAAUUCAGAAUCUUCAGAUGCUUUUCAGCCAAGGACUGAUCCACAAGCUGAUUCCUUGACCAAUGUAGCAUCAGAUUCAAGCGGAGUAAUUGAAAUUCAAGCCCCGGAGAAAUGGAUGUUGCAACUUUUUGCUGAGCUAGAAAAGGAGGGAAUUGUUCUGCCAGAGAGGAUUACUGAGGAUGACCUUUGUAGAUUAUAUCAUGUUGCGAAAGGUAAUUUCUCAAGAUUCUUAUCUUCGGUCAAAAGAACAAUCAACUGGAGGCAAAAUUAUAGGUUUAUGUCGGUGCAAGAGCUUGAAGAAUGGUCGGAGAUGGUGUUUUGGCAUGGAUAUGAUAUUAAGAGACACCCUUGCUUAAUUGUUCGUGUUCAAGCUGCAUGCUCUUUUAUGAUGUCCGGGGAAAGAUAUCGCUUGCCUGAAGUACUUGUUUCUCAGAUAGAGUAUGGGAUUCUCCACCUAGUUCAUGCAGAAGAUCCUGUACUCACAGUACUGAUGGACUGUGACGGAUUAAGUCCAUUUGGUUUCCCUAUACACAUGAUGAGAUCCUGUGCUAUGCUUUUGCAAGACCAUUAUCCAAAUCGGCUUGCUGCUUUAUUUGUUGUACGACUGCCUCCCAUCGCUCGUGUGAUUGCACAAACACUUUUUCAGGUGUUGAGACCAGGAACAAGGCGGAAACUUCGAAUUUUGGGGGAGGACUACCAAAAGGUUUUGUCAGAGUAUCUUCAGGCGCUUCCUUCAUUCCUGGGCGGUGACUGCUCAUGCCCAAGAUGCUCAGACUCUAUUGGUAAAGAGAGUAAUGCUGUUGGACCGGUUAUAGAAUAUGAGGCUGAGAAUGUUUCAUCCCAUCCUGCUUACCGUGCUGAUGACUUUGAAUCUAUUAAAUGUGAUAAGGUAUUGAAAAGCAUCAUUAUCGGCCUUCUCCUUCUUCUGCUAUACAUUGUGUUGACUGUUCGGUUUCAUAGCCUGGAAGGCAUAAAUCUGUACAAAAGAGUUGGUUGGUAGCCGGUAAAACCUUCACCUGUUUUUGACGCCUUCGUGAUGAACAGACGUUAUAACUUUCGUGUAUAGAAAUUAUAUACAGUGGAAGAAGUCAGAAAUAAAAAUGUUCCAGAUUGGAUGGUAAUGGUUGCUUCCAUAAUAAAGUCAUGCAGGUUUCAGGCCACACUUAUGUUUAAUUUUUUGGCUUCUUUUGAAAUAGUUCACUUGUUUCAGUAUUGUUGUGAAUAUGCGAAUUUCAAUCUAGUUUCCAAAGGAUAGUAUAUGCCUUCCGCAAUGAUGAAUAUUCUCAGCUGCUGCAUUAUGUAUUUAUGUGUCUAAUAAAUUGUAGGUAGAUUUAAUGGGAUUUUUCCCAAUUUUGAAUUUUU